AUGGAGGACACACCUGCCGAUAUCGCAAAUAUACAUCGCAAUGUGCUAAAUCCGGAGCUGGAGAAGGAAGUGGAAGACGCUUUCGCGCUUUUUGACAGGGACGGUAAUGGAGAAAUUGACUUCUUCGAGUGUCAAGCGGCGUUCAGAGCUCUUAGGCUUAAUGCGAGUCGUGACGCGGUCACAACCAUGUUCGCUGAGAUAAAGAAGGGCCAAACCGAUGUCAUAACACUUGCAGAUUUCAAGACAUUGGUUCUACAGGUCAUUCACAAGCGGUACACCGCUGGUGAAGCAGCUAAGAUAUUUGCGCUGCUGGAGGAUGGCUCUGGUAAAAUAACAAUGGAUAGCCUAAGGACGGUAGUGGCAGACCUAGGCAGCUCCAUCGAUGACGAAGAUCUCAGGCUGAUGAUCUCCGAAGCAUCGGGCAGCAAAAACUAUGUGACAUAUGAUGACUUCAAGAGAGUGCUUAAGGCGGCGUGGAGAGGUGAUGCUAUGGGCCGAAUGGAAGAUACAGCCCAAAGAUAA